AUGGCAUUAGAUAGUAUAGUAAAUACCUCAUUAAAAAACUUACCAACCACUCAACCACCAGCACCUAAAAAUGUUCUUAAUUUAUUUUCAUUAAAGGGUAAAGUUGCAUCAGUUACUGGUUCAAGUACUGGAAUUGGUUUAGCAGUUGCUGAAUCUUAUGCUCAAGCAGGUGCUGAUGUUGCUAUUUGGUAUAAUUCAACUCCUGCUGAUGAUAAAGCUCAAGCCAUAAGUGAAAAAUAUGGUGUUAAAUGUAAAGCUUAUAAAUGUAAUGUUAGUGAAGCUAAAUCAGUUGAAGAUGUUAUUGAUCAAAUCGAAAAAGAUUUUGGUACCAUUGAUAUUUUCGUUGCUAAUGCUGGGGUUCCUUGGACCGUUGGUGAAAUGAUUCAUGCUGAAGAUCAUAAAAGUUGGCAAAAAAUCAUCGAUUUAGAUUUUACUGGUGUUUACUAUUGUGCUAAACAUGUUGGUAAAAUCUUUGAAAAGAAAGGUAAAGGGGUGUUGAUCUUAACAGCUUCAAUGUCAGGACACAUUGUUAAUUAUCCUCAAAAACAAGCUCCUUAUAAUGCUGCUAAAGCUGCUGUUAUUCAUUUAGCUAAAUCAUUAGCCGUUGAAUGGUCACAUUUUGCUAGAGUUGUUUCAAUUUCCCCAGGUUAUAUUUCAACUAAUAUUGGUGAUUUUGUCUCCAAAGAACAAAAAGAUGUUUGGUUGAGUCAUAUUCCUUUAGGUAGAGAAGGUACUCCUGAAGAAUUAGCUGCCACUUAUGUCUUCAUAGCCUCUGACGCUGCCAGUUACGUUACUGGUGUCGAUUUAAUUGUUGACGGUGGAUAUACCGCUCCAUAA